UCAUUACCGUUCAGAUUAUUUUACGGAGCCAUCUGAAAUUAUUAACUGGAAAUUCAGGGUUUUUUCUAUUGUUUGUUCUUAUACCAUUUGUUCCAUACAUUUAUUCGGUAACGAAUUAAACGUUUCCACAAGGUACAAUCUUGCUAAACAUGACGGAAACAGAUGAGAAGAUUCAGACAAGGCACAGAAACGGUGAAGUUCCCAACACAGAUUCAACGAUGGGGGAAGACGUCUUUGAUGAAACGUACAGAGAGAAAGAGGGUCCUAAACCACCCAUGAGAAUAGUGUGGAGAAACGUGUUGAUGAUGAGCUUGCUGCACCUGGGAGCGCUGUAUGGGAUCUUUCUUAUACCGUCUGCAUCUCCUUUGACUUUAAUGUGGUCUGUACUGUGCUUCGUGAUCAGUGGAUUGGGAAUAACCGCUGGUGUUCACAGGCUCUGGAGUCAUCGCGCCUACAAGGCGUCGCUGCCUCUCCGAGUUUUCCUCGCCAUCGCAAACUCAAUGGCUUUCCAGAAUGAUAUUUACGAGUGGUCUCGUGACCACAGAGUCCAUCAUAAAUACUCAGAGACGGACGCAGACCCCCACAAUGCAUCACGAGGCUUUUUCUUCUCUCACAUUGGCUGGCUGCUGGUUCGAAAACACCCUGAUGUCAUUGAAAAGGGAAGCAAACUGGAUCUGACUGACCUGAAGAUGGACAAGGUGGUCAUGUUUCAGAGGAGAUUCUACAAGCCGUCUGUGGUGCUGAUGUGUUUCAUCUUUCCAAUGUUGGUGCCGUGGUUACUGUGGGACGAGUCUCUUUGGGUGGGGUAUUUUAUCCCCACCCUCCUCAGAUACGCGGUGGUACUCAAUGCCACCUGGCUUGUAAACAGCGCUGCCCACAUGUGGGGGAACCGACCCUAUGAUGUUCAGAUCUACCCCAGAGAGAACAUGUUCGUCACCCUUGGUGCUUUAGGCGAGGGUUUCCAUAACUACCACCAUACCUUCCCCUACGACUAUUCCACCAGUGAGUUCGGCUGCAAGUUGAACUUCACCACUUGCUUCAUCAACUUCAUGUGUUUCUGUGGUCUGGCUAAAGAGUGCAAGCGUGUAUCCAAAGAUGCAGCGCAGGCCCGAGCCCAGCGAACUGGUGAUGGCAGCUACAAGACCGGCUGACAGAUUGCAGCAGUCACUGUUGGUGUGAGUUUCCUUGGGUGACGACAUGUCCACUGUCUCCGUUCUUCUGCGAGCUAGCUGGGUGGUCAUGCUGACACCACACAGGGCCCACACAGUCCUGGUUUAGGGUUACACCUCCUAAUCCCUUGCCACACAGUCAAGGAGCACAUAAGCAAUUCUGUGCUCCUACAGGUUACAGACUUAUACUUGCUGUAGUUCUGUUUGUUUGGGUACCCAGAUCUUUCACUUGCCUGUAUGAACAUUAUAUAAUGAUAAGAAUUCUUCAUAAUGAUGGUAAAUUAUUUACAUAGAAUGAUAUAAAUUAAGCAGCUAUUGUUUAGCAGUCAUAUAUAGAGUGAGUUUGGUGGUUAGAUUUUUGUUAAAGUCCACAUUAGUAAAACCCAAUUAAAUUACACUGCAAAUAAAGAGUUUAUCUGGAUUGAAAAUAUCAGCCCUACAAACAUUUUGAAAUAAUCAAGAUGGAAAUGAAUGUUACCUUAAAGAAUUUAAAACUUUGGACAAUCCAAACCAUAUCCAAAUUGAAACUAUAAUAAAAACAUAUUUUAAAAAGUUAUUAACUUAAAAACAUAGACAUUUGAAGACACUGUAAUACAGUGAUGUUUUUAUUUGUUCUGUGGGAUGGUGUGAAUAGACUACUACAUAGUGAGCACCUUGUUUCUGCAAAUUUUAGGAUAAGUGGUUUAUUAUUCAAGCCUGAGGACAAAGCUACUGACAUACUUUCAUUUAUUUGCUUCUUAAUCCUAUGAUAAUGUCUUUUUCCUAUUACUAUUUAGAGACAGCCUGAACAUACAUGAAUGUUGCAUGUGGGUUUUUUGUGUGAAAGGCUCAUUCUUGUGUUAAUCUUCAUGUCUAGUAACGUGUAAUGGGGGAGUGUGGCUUGGUCAAAUCACAGUUAUGUUUAAAAUGGGUUAGUAAGUGCUUGUCUAAAAGGGAUUAGUAUGUGCUUGACUGCAGUCUUUGCACAAUUGUCUUUCUUUAUUAUAGCAGGAUUUUAAAUUGUAUUUUUUUUUUUAUUUUCUUUCAGAUUUAUAAAAAAUGAACAAUGAA